CAACGACAAGUCAGAGUGGAUAUUGAAGCAUGUUGGCGCUCAGCGUUUUUAUCAUAUCCUGUUUUCCCGUCAAUGGUUUCCUGGAAGAAAAUAUGGUAUCAGGGAUAGCCACACAACAUGAAAACUAUGUACCAUUGAAGACUAUACCUGAGAUAGAGAAAAGCGAAGCUACAUCAGACGCAACUUUGCAUAAUGAUCUCAUCCAGGGUGAGUCACAUCAAAUCGCAUUUGGAAAUGAGAACAAUGGUGCUUUAUCAAAAGCUACCGAUACAUCGGCUGGAUCCAACCAUCAUGGACCUGACGGUCACAAGUUUAAAUGCAAAUUUGAAAUUCCGACCGAGUCGCAAAAACGAUUUAUAGAACUCACCGAUAAAGAAAAGAAAAACUUCAUCUAUGUGCACCUGAACUUUUCGACGAAACCAAAGUUACCAAGCAGGCGAGCAAGAGAGAGCUUAUUCUUCCCAGGGUAUCUAACGUGGACGUUUAAAGGGAGGCCAGGGGCGGGUUAUCCACUGCUCUCGUACCCAUACAACUACGAUACCCUAUCACUUGGAUUCUUAUACUGGCAUGUCAGGGAGAACUUCACAAUGAAUGUUAAGGUGAAGCCAAAAGGUUGUAACUCCACAUGGGGCGAACAUAGCAUGAUGCUGUCUCUCCUCUACACUGUUAGGAAUCUGAGUGCUAAAAUAGAGUACAACAACUCUGCAGUUUGGUGUUACUCGUUGAGAUACAAGCCAAGCAAGUUCGAAAAAUGGUUGAACCACGUCACGGGUGUUAAUCGCAAUUCGAACGGCUUCCAGUGCAGUGAACCAGAACAUCCACACAAAUACGGUGAAGAGAUCAGACAAACGAGAUUGCUGUUGGUACUGCAAGUUAUUGGAUGUGUGUUGUUCUCAUAUGCUCCAUUAUUACUCUAUAUGUUUGACGAGGGACGUACGUAUUCCAGCUCAUUAGCUCCGGAGAAAGAUAUGAAAAUGGGGUAUGAACAUUUAGAUGGAUCCGUUGAAGGGGGAGAUAAAGAUGAUGCGGCUAAUGGGAAAGAGGUUGGCGAAGAUGAGGCCAGUGGGGAAUAUUUAUAUCUUGGUGAAGAUGCCCCAAUCACAUUUUUCAGUUUGUUAAAAACAAUGUUUGUCUCAACAACACGUUCGAAUUCAGUAACAGUACAGAGAAUCAAGAAAGGUUUAUCUAUUCUCCUUCUAACCCCGUCUCUCAUAGUACUCGACACAGCCAUAACAUUUAUGUAUAAGCACAAAGCUCUCUAUAUACGAAUUAUGUCCGACGUACCUAUAGGGUUUCAUGCCAUUCCAUUUGGGUAUGAGCUCAGCAGUAGAAAUUGGUUGUACUUUCUUGGUGGGCCGUACGUCAUAUACAGCGUAUACUUUUUCCUUGCUAUUCUACUCGUAUGCCUUCCUGUUAAUCUAUGUGAAGUGGUGGCUUUACAAAUAGAAAAGAAUGACAAGUCAGGUUGCAUGUUAUUCAUGACCUCUGACAUCAUAGAGAAUUUGGGUGGAGUAAAAUAUUCUAAGCUACCAGUAUCAUAUAAAAAGUUGUCCAAAGCGUUCACUGCUCGUCUUUACACUCUGUUGCACUACAAAUUUUGGGUACUGUUGAAAAAUGUGUGGAUCAAGCGCAUCAAGGCUGUCAGAUGCAAGUUUGGUGGACCAUUCAGGGGGUCUUUGAAAAAAUGCGUUUGUUUUACAAUUUUCUUGCCUGUUUGGUUGGUUCUAUUCGUACUUUUCGUGUUGGAUAUCGUAUGCUGUAUAGCGUACUUUGGUGUCCCUAUUGUUUUCUUCAUCAAAACGGUAGUUCAAAAUUACAUUCGAUACGUACUUGAUAGGUUUCUAUAUACCGACAAGAGAGGCCAAUUUCUAGCUAGGGACAGUGUUUGUUGUGGAAUAACUGCUUGGAUUAUUCGUAUCAUUCUUUUUGUGGUCUUUGCGUUUGUGUUUUUCUGUGCCAUCACCAUGUAUACCGUCUCAGUGGUCUUUGUCACCAAUACAUUUGCAUUCACCAUCAUUGGCAUAAUUGCCUUUCCAGAGGAGGCCGUAAUGUACUGUAUUGGAACAGGUAUCGUUAUCAUGUACAUUUACAAAACCGUGAGGGGUUUCAAUGAUGGUUACAAUGAUUUAUUGCUGUAUACAAUUACUCUAUCUGAUGAUUUAAAUACACAGCAGAAAACGAGAUCUACAGAUAAAGAACCUGUGAAAUAUAUAAUUCACCAAUCAGAUGGUUCAGAAAUUUCAGGGGUUCCAGCACAUGUUUAUUACAGCCUGGUCGAGUCUUUCAGACCUUUGAGGAGGCAAGUGUUCCUCACACUUAUCUACCUUGGCCUCAUUGCAGCGUUCAUGUACGUAUGCAUACACGUCAUACAGUCAUACAACAGAGAGGCUCAACUCUCAGUUCUUGUUAAGACUGUCGCAACUGUGAUUGCCGGGAUUCUACCACAUCUGGUCCAAUUAUGCUGGGGGUCAGUGAACCAGGAUGCAAAAAACAUGAGAUACAAGCUCCAGAUCAAGUCAAACAUAAAGGCACAUUGGCAGCGCCAUAAACAAAACAUUCAAGAUGAAGAGCUAAUAAUAAACUGAUGAGCCAACAAUGUUACCAUAUAGCUAUGAUUCAUACGGCUUCACAAUACAUUAUUAGCUUCCGAAAGAUGUUGUGAUUUAAAAAUAUUCGUUAUCAUGACGCCUUUUUUCACUAUAGAAAUAUUUUAGAUGAUGACAGAUCUAUACAAAGAGAAUGCAAUGCAUGGUUAUUGCAGAAUGCUGAAAUAAGCAAUCAAUGGAACACACAUUUCGUCGGCGUGUAUACCACCUAGUGUUUUUCAACGCUUUACUGCAUUAUACUGAAUAUUCGAGAUGAACUAAAGUUUGGUGUCUUUUUUUAUGCUUCUAUUUGUCUAUUUGGAAUUGCAUCGUUAUCCACUGGUUGCUUACUUAGUAAAACAAUCCGUACCUUAAAAUACCUGAUUGUCGUAUACUAAUAUUAAUCCAAUAGGUAUGAUCGCAAACUAUUUUGACAACAGGGUGAGCCAAAAAAG